UGAAUAUAAAAAAAAAUCUUUGAUAUUAAAUUAUAAUUCUUAAAAGAGAAGAGAUUGUGGACCUUGUGAAUGAAAUUUUUUAUUUUUAUUUUUAUUUUAAGCGGUUUGGUCCCUCAGAAUAAAUCAUACAAGUCUUGAGCAUUUCUGGUUCUCAGCAAUGACCUUCAACAGCUUCUCUUCUGCAUCUUGGUCACCUCUUUCAAUCUUAAAAUCUUCUUCAAAGUUCAUUGGAGCUUUCUUAUAUGAUGUACUUCUAUCAUAUUUUUCUUAGAGUUGCGAUGUCUGGAGGAGUAGUUUGAUACGGUGAUGCAUCUCCAGAGAAACUUGAGCAAAGCUGCAUGCUGUGCGGUAGACUUUUACUAUGGAGUUAAAAGCAAGUUAUGAUAUUGAGCAUUCACAUUCUGGGCAAAUAAUACAGCAUGAGCUGUGGCCUUUAGAUCCAAUUGAUCCAAAGAAGUCAAACUUUCCUUGUUGUUUGGUUUGGAAUCCACUUCCUGUUGUCUCAUGGUUGGCACCCUUCAUUGGCCAUGUUGGCCUUUGCAGGGAGGAUGGAGUUGUUUUAGAUUUUUCAGGAUCAUAUCUUGUGAAUGUUGAUGAUUUUGCAUUUGGUCCAGUAGCAAGGUACUUGCAACUUGAUCGUGCACAGUGUUGCUUCCCUCCUAACCUAUCUGCGCAUACAUGCAAGCAUGGCUACCGGCAUGCUGAGUAUGGGACUUCAAUCACAUGGGAUGGUGCCUUACAGUCAAGUUUGCGGCACUUUGAGACAAAAACUCACAACCUUUUCACGUGCAACUGCCACUCAUUUGUUGCAAACUGUCUGAAUCGGCUCUGUUAUGGUGGGUCAAUGAGUUGGAACAUGGUAAAUGUAGGAGCCUUGAUACUAUUUAAAGGGCAUUGGGUUGACUUCAGGUCAAUUGUAAGGUCUUUCUUGCCUUUUGUUGUGGUUGUUUGCAUAGGUGUUCUCAUGGUUGGGUGGCCCUUCUUACUUGGGCUACUAUCCUUCUCUCUUCUCUUAAUAGGGUGGUUUCUAUUGGGUACUUACCUAGUUAGAAACCUAUUAGAGUGCUAGGUGUUCUCUUUAAUUGAAGGAUGGUCAUGUUUGUGUUUCCUCCUCACCAAAUAAUAGUUUCCAAUGUCUAUAUUGUUAUUUGAACAAGAACACAAGUCACUUAUGGAAAGUUAAUGAAAUAGCUUCCAGUUCUCCCAACCCUGAAA